AUGGCAGUGGAAGCAGUGAAGGCUGAGGAAGCAGUGAAGGCUGAGGAAGCAGUGAUAGCAGAGGAAGCAGUGAUAGCAGAGGAAGCAGUGAAGGAUGAGGAAGCAGUGAAGGCUGAGGAAGCACUGUUGCUAGAGGAAGCAGUGAUGGCAGAGGAAGCAGUGAAGGCUGAGGAAGCAGUGAUAGCAGAGGAAGCAGUGAUAGCAGAGGAAGCAGUGAAGGAUGAGGAAGCACUGUUGCUAGAGGAAGCAGUGAUAGCAGAGGAAGCAGUGAAGGCUGAGGAAGCAGUGAUAGCAGAGGAAGCAAUGAAGGCUGAGGAAGCACUGUUGCUAGAGGAAGCAGUGAUAGCAGAGGAAGCAGUGAAGGCUGAGGAAGCACUGUUGCUAGAGGAAGCAGUGAUAGCAGAGGAAGCAGUGAAGGCUGAGGAAGCACUGUUGCUAGAGGAAGCAGUGAUAACAGAGGAAGCAGUGAAGGCUGAGGAAGCACUGUUGCUAGAGGAAGCAGUGAUGGCAGUGGAAGAAGAAAUACUCAGUGAAACAAUAUUAGCAACACAUGCUAGAAUGGAAAGGAUUAGAUUAAUGAAUAAUGUUAGACAUCCAGCAUACAGGAUUUGA